UACUAAAAUUGUUUUCAAAUUUUUUAAAAAAAUAUUUAGGCGGUAAUAUACAGCUAUUUAUUUAGCCUCAUAUUCUAGUAACAACUGGUUAUUAUCAACGACCUACUGAAUUAGUAAUUUGCAUUUUAUCCGUCUGACAUUAUUGCUAUAACUACGUCACAACAACAAUUCUUUAUUUUAUAAAACACUUGCAGUUCUCAACCAGUACCAAAAGAAAAGGCUUGUGGAUACGACGCGGUUUGAAACAACAUUUAUAAAAAUAAAUAAAAAUGAUUACAGAAUUAUUACUCUACCUGUUAAUUGCUAUAAUUAUUUAUCAUGUAUUCGAGUAUUUUAGAAUGCAGUUUCAUUAUGAUAAAUGGGGAGUUCGGUACAAGCCUGGGAUCCCUUUAUUUGGGAAUACUUUUUGCAGUAUCUUCGGCAUGAGACACUUCAUAGAAGAUAUGGACGCUGUUUAUAAGGCAUUUCCUAACGAGAAAUACGUAGCCUUCUUUGACGGCAUGAAGCCUAUUCUCUUAAUAAGGGACCCCGAUCUGAUGAAAAUGAUAACAAUCAAGGAUUUCAACCACUUCGUAAACCGCAAACCCUUUUUCCCUAAAGAGAUAGAACCUUUGCUUGGAUCUAGUAUUUUGUCUCUGGAAGGUGACGAAUGGCGUAAGAUGCGGUCGCGUUUGACAGUAGCCUUCAGUGCAGCCAAGAUAAAGGGUAUGUGGCCUUCAAUGAGGGCAGUCAGCUAUCAACUCGUUGACUAUUUGAAAGAUCAUCAGUCUGAGGACAUAGAUGUAGCCGACUUGAUGCGGAGAUACAACACUGACGUCAUAGCGAACACCGGCAUGGGCCUCAAUGUGAACUCCCUCAAGAACCCCAAUAACGAGUUCUUUACAACUGGAGCACAGGCUGUCACUUUUACGAUAUGGAGAAAGAUUUACUACUUCUUCACUAUUCAGUUCCCUGUUAUAGCCAAGCUAAUGCAACUCCUAGGUCUUCAACUCUUGCCCCCAGCAGGCACUGUAUUCUUCAGGAAGGUAGUUUCAGACAGCAUAGCUUAUAGAAAAACGAACAACAUAAUCAGACAUGACUUUAUACACAUUUUAAUGGAAAUCUCUGAAGACUGGACAUUAGAUGAAAUCACAGGACAAAUAUAUUUUGCGUUUCUGGCCAGCUACGAGUCCACUACCAGUAUAUUAUCACUAUGCAUCCAUGAGCUUGCUCUGCACCCUGAAAUUGAGGAGAAAUUGUACCAGGAGGUCAGAGCACAUCAGGAGAAAGCAGGGGAACUGACACUCGAAGAUCUUUCGGAGUUAAAAUAUAUUGAUUGCGUUUUAUCGGAAAUAUCUAGGAAAUGGUCAGCCGCUGUGAUGAUGGAUAGAGUUUGCACUAGUGGAUACGUACUACCGCCACCUAGGGAUGGUGGCAAAGGAUAUGAGGUAAAGCCUGGAGAUGUGAUCUACAAUGUUGUGAAUCCCAUUCACAUGGACCCGAAGUAUUUCUCAGACCCAGAGGUUUUUGAUCCUACCAGGUUCUCUGAAGGCAAUAAGCAAAAUAUCAAGUCCUUUACUUACAUGCCUUUUGGGAUGGGACCUAGAAAUUGUUUGGGCAUGAGAUUCGCUAUAAUAAAGAUGAAGGUGCUACUUUAUCAUCUCGUAUUAAACUACAAGAUCGUUCGUUGUGAGAAGACUUCUGAUCCCAUCCGCUUGCAGGCGCUCGACUUCAGUAUACGGGCGGUCGGAGAUACUUACGUACAAUUUAAAGCUAGGAGCUGAAUGAACUGUUCACACUUAUGGACGCCUGGUACAUGUCUUUGUAGCAAUAGUAUGUUUAUUAUGAGAAAAUUAAAAUGGUGAUAUGUAAAAUAAUUAAUAUAAGUUGGUUAAUUAUAUAAUA